GUCGGGGCACUUUUUCCUUAAAGGUCCUGGCAGGGCUCGCAGGAACCAGCUCUGAUACCGACUGAGCUACAGCCUUUCGAGAUAAACAGGGCCUCCUGCGAGAAAAGAAGGAUUUGCAAAGUUCCCCGCCACGAUGUCGGACAGAAGCCCCUUUGAAACGGACAUGCUCACCCUGACCCGCUACGUUAUGGAAAAGGGGCGUCAGGCCAAAGGGACUGGGGAGCUCACACAACUGCUGAACUCCAUGCUGACGGCCAUCAAAGCCAUAUCCUCGGCUGUGCGCAAGGCCGGCCUGGCCCACCUGUAUGGAAUUGCGGGAAGCGUGAAUGUGACCGGGGAUGAGGUGAAGAAAUUGGACGUGUUAUCCAAUUCUUUGGUGAUCAACAUGCUCCAGUCCUCCUACAGCACCUGCGUCCUGGUUUCCGAGGAGAAUAAAGACGCGAUUAUCACCGCCAAGGAGAAGAGGGGGAAGUAUGUGGUCUGCUUUGACCCACUGGAUGGAUCUUCUAACAUUGACUGCCUGGCCUCCAUUGGAACCAUCUUUGCCAUCUACAGGAAGACUUCAGAGGAUGAGCCUUCUGAAAAGGAUGCUCUGCAGCCAGGCCGAAAUAUCGUGGCUGCGGGCUAUGCCCUCUAUGGUAGUGCAACCUUGGUGGCUCUUUCCACUGGGCAAGGAGUGGACCUCUUCAUGCUUGAUCCAGCUCUCGGUGAAUUUGUCCUGGUGGAAAAAGAUGUCAAGAUAAAACAGAAAGGGAAGAUUUACAGUCUCAAUGAGGGCUAUGCCAAAUAUUUUGAUGCUGCCACCACAGAAUAUGUGCAGAAAAAGAAAUUUCCUGAGGAUGGCAGUGCUCCCUAUGGGGCCCGGUACGUGGGCUCCAUGGUGGCCGAUGUGCACCGCACCCUGGUCUACGGAGGGAUCUUCCUGUACCCCGCGAAUCAGAAAAAUCCGAAGGGCAAGCUCCGGCUCCUGUAUGAGUGCAAUCCCGUGGCCUUUAUCAUAGAGCAGGCUGGAGGCUUGGCGACCACAGGCACCCAGCCUGUGCUGGACGUGAAGCCGGAGUCCAUCCACCAGCGAGUCCCCCUCAUUCUGGGGUCCCCAGAUGAUGUGAAGGAGUACCUCACCUGUGUACAGAAAAGCCAGGCAGGCAGGUAGUGGGUUCCACCCGGAAUGCUGCCUUUUCUUUGUCAUGUCCCUUCUAUUAAGGGCCCUAAAUAAACAAUCAUUGUAAACA